AUGGCCGAGGCUGCAGCCACCUUUCUACUUCAAAAAAGCGACAAUUGGUUGUCUAAGGAAUUGAGCUUGUCUGAUGACGUCAAGGUAGGAAUCAAAAGGUUGAAUAGCGAGUUGUCGAUGGCAACAGCAAUUCUGAAAGACUUGGACGCCCAGAGAGAGCAGAGUAACCAAAUCCAGCAGUGGAUUCGACUUCUUCAGGGUGUAACUUAUGAGAUUGAGGAUGUUCUUGAUAUGAGAGCAUAUCAAAUUUCCCAUCAAAACACCCACUGGAGUAUCGCCGUAUGGUCAGGAAUAGGAAAUCAUUCUAUCGGCUCCUUGAUAAAAGAGAUUGAGGCAAACAUCACAAGCAUCAAAGAUAUGAGGACUUCAAAUGAAAAAACAGUUUCUCCUCAUCCUGCUUCAACUUCAAGUGCUCAUCGUGAAUCAGGUAUUGCUCCUUUGUACACCCCAGAAGGUGAAAUUGUGGGUGUUGAGAAACAAAGAGAAGAACUGGCUUCUUGGGUACUUGAUCUUGAACGGGCUUACAAGGUGAUGUUUGUUGUGGGAAUGGGUGGGUCCGGCAAAACUGCGCUCGUCAAACUGGUAUACGAUCAGCUCAAGACUGACUUUGACUGCCAUGUUUGGCUCACUGCUUCAAAGUCUGUGAGCAGUGAAGAACUCCUCUCCAUCAUGCUAAGCAAACUAUGCAACAAAACAGCUCAGCAUUCCGUGAAUCCUUCUCAAGCACUCCAGGAUCUAGCCAGCACGCUGAAUAACUAUCUGCAAGACAAAAGGUACCUUAUAAUUUUUGACGAUCUGUGGACUACAGAAGUUUGGGAUGGCGUUAAGUAUGUGUUACCUAGAAAUAACUGCAGUAGAGUUAUAAUCACCACAAGGAGAGGUAAUAUAGCUUCUUCUUGUAGAGAAAGUUGGGUCGAUGUCCACAGGAUCCAAGCAUUACCUUUAGGAAAGGCUCGAGAACUUUUCCGAAGAAGAUCUAUCCCGCAAAGUGGCGUGUUUCCUUCAGCAAAAGGACAGAGUUUGUGGGUUAACAAACUCUUGGGAAAAUGUGAAGGGCUGCCACUUGGGAUCAUUGAAAUUGGAAAAGUUUUGUCGAGAGAGAAAAGUGAAUCUGAGCUGAAAAAACUACAUGAUAGUCUUCAAGUAGAGGUCGCUUCGGGCCAACUAUCAAGCAUCGGACGACUACUGCUGUUGAGUUAUGAUGAUUUGCCAUACAAUCUAAAAUGUUGCUUUCUAUACAUGAGUAUGUUUGGAGAGUAUUACUUGGUGAAGCGUAGAACAUUGAUUAGGUUGUGGAUAGCUGAAGGUUUCAUACCAACAACAAAUGGCAAACAAGUCGAAGAUAUCGCAGAAGAGUACCUCCAAGAGCUCAUAGAGAGGAACUUAAUGCAGGCGGGUGAACUGGACUUUGAUGGAAGGCCACAAACUUGCCGAGUUCAUACCCUUAUGCACAAGAUUGCUCUCUCCAAAUCAGAAACUGAGAAAUUUUGUACAAUUUGGACAAAUCACAGGUGUGAGAUUUCAGAGCAGACUCGGAGACUAUCAAUUCAGAACACUGAAUUCACUAUGGCAAACAAAGACAUGUGGCAUCUUCGUACCUUGUUCGCAUGCCUGAACACCAAGACCGCAAUACGCAUUAGUUCCGGAUUCAAGCUACUGAAAAUAUUGCAUUUGGAUGGUGCAUCUGUGGACUCGUUUCCUAACGGAAUUGAUGAGCUUUUACUACUGAAGUAUUUGUGCUUGAGCAACACAAGAAUCAAGUUGAUCCCUUCGUCCAUUGGUCGAUUGCAGCACCUCGAGACCUUAAAUCUCAAACAUACGUUUGUGACAGCAGUGCCAAACACGCUGACUAAGCUGGCAGAACUCAGACACUUGCUUAUUUGCCGCUAUAAUUUUAAUGGUUAUCUUUCCUUCGAUGCAGUGAUUGGAUUCAAUGUAUCAACAGAAAUCAGCAAACUAACUAAUCUGCAGAAGCUGUCAUUUGUAAGGGCGGAUCACAAACUGAUUCGGGAGUUGACAAAAAUGAAGGAGCUUAGGAAGCUAGGGAUUAUUGAUUUACCAAGUAACAGUGGUCCGAUUCUGUGCGAGGCCAUUCAAAUUUUAAAGGAUCUUUAUUCCUUGAAUAUGACAUCACUACACAGGGAGGAAGUUCUACACAUUCAAGGAAUCGACAACCCUCCUCCACUCCUUCAGCGUUUGUAUUUGAAAGGGCGCUUGGAGAAGAUGCCACAGUGGAUCUCGAAACUUCAUGACCUGGUUAGAAUACGUCUCAAGUGGUCUAGGCUGAGACAAGACAACAACCCCAUCACAAUUCUUGGGGAACUUCCCAGUUUGCUGGAGCUCCAGCUGCUAGAUGCCUACAAAGGAGACCGGUUAGAUUUUCUUGUUGGACGAUUUCCGAAGCUAAAGAUACUGGAUUUUGAUCAAAUGGAAGAGCUGACAGUAAUCAGAAUUGAGCAUCGGGCAUUAUCGUGCCUUCAGAAACUGAUAAUAAGCCGAUGUCAGAACUUGGGGCGUAUCCCACUAGGCAUUGAGAACGUCGCUCAACUCAAAGAGCUCCGUUUGGGUGACAUGCCGCGUCAAUUUGUCGAACCGAUUAGAAGAAAUGGUCCAAUGCGCCGAGAAGUUGAACAUAUUCAAAAGAUCCACUCCACGCAUCUCCAGAAUGGUACUCACUGUGCACUGGACGAUCUGUCAUAG